AUGGCGGCGGCGGCGGCGGUCCAGCGGGACACUUUACCUGAACACUGGUCCUACGGCGUGUGCCACGAUGGCCGCGUCUUCUUUAUCAAUGACCAGCUCCGCUGUACAACUUGGCUGCACCCGCGCACCGGGGAGCCAGUCAACUCGGGCCACAUGAUCCGCUCAGAUCUGCCCCGCGGCUGGGAAGAGGGCUUCACGGAGGAGGGCGCCAGCUACUUCAUCGACCAUAACCAGCAUACCACAGUAUUUAAGCAUCCUGUGACCGGGAAGUUUUCUCCAGAAAAUAGUGAAUUCAUUCUUCAAGAAGAGCCAAAUCCACAUAUGUCGAAGCAAGAGAGAAACCAAAGACCGUCCAGCAUGGUCAGUGAAACGUCCACAGCUGGGACCUCUUCCACUUUAGAGGCCAGGCCUGGACCCAAGAUUAUAAAGUCCAGCAAUAAAGUCCACAGCUUUGGGAAGAGGGACCAGGCCAUUCGGAGGAACCCCAAUGUUCCAGUGGUGGUAAGGGGCUGGCUGCACAAACAGGACAGCUCUGGGAUGAGGCUGUGGAAAAGGAGAUGGUUUGUGCUUGCUGAUUACUGCUUGUUUUACUAUAAAGACAGCAGAGAAGAAGUCGUCCUCGGGAGCAUCCCUCUGCCCAGCUAUGUGGUCUCGCCUGUGGCCCCUGAGGAUCGCAUAAGUCGCAAGUAUUCCUUUAAGGCUGUACACACGGGGAUGCGGGCGCUCAUCUAUAACAGCUCCACAGUGGGCUCACCGGCCGAGCAUUCAGGCAUGAGGACCUACUACUUCAGUGCCGACACCCUGGACGACAUGAAUGCUUGGGUCAGAGCCAUGAACCAGGCUGCCCAGGUGCUAUCUCGAUCAUCACUGAAGAGGAAUGUGGAGAAGGUGGAGCGACAGGCAGUCCCUCAGGCCAACCACACGCAGUCCUGUCGAGAGUGUGGCCACGUAGGACCUGGACACGCAAGGGAUUGUCCUCAUCAUGGCCACAAUGACUCUUUCGGCUUUGAAAGGCUGGAGCAGGAGGAUGAACGAUACUGUCCCCAGAGGGACCCACAGGAAGGCAAGCGGGACAGGAACAAGGCCAGGUCUCCAUACUCACCAACUGAGGAGGAUUUACCUGGUGCCUCAAGAAGCCAGCAGGCACAGCCCCAGCGUGCAGAGAAGAACGGCGUGCUGCCCGCCUCGUAUGGUCUAGGAGAGCAGAAUGGCACUAGCGGGUACCAGCGGGUCUUUCCUCCCAGGACCAACCCUGAAAAACACACCCAGAAGCAGAACCAUCUGGCCCAGGUGGAACACUGGGUGAAGGUCCAGAAGGGAGAUGGCAGAAGCCUUCCCUCGGACCACACACUUCCUCGCCAGGGCCCUAGCCAGUCCCUGUCUUUCCCAGAAAGCUACCAGACUCUUCCCAAGAACACCCGACACCCCUCGGGGAGCUCCUCACCCCCACCUCGCAACCUGCCGAGUGACUACAAGUACGCGCAGGACCGAGCCAGCCAUCUGAAGAUGUCGAGUGAGGAGCGCCGGGCACACCGAGACGGCACCGUGUGGCAGCUGUAUGAGUGGCAGCAGCGCCAGCAGUUCCGGCACGGCAGCCCCACGGCGCCCAUCUGUGCAGGCUCUCCAGAGUUCAUGGAUCAGGGCCGCAGCAGGAGCAUGCUAGAGGUGCCUCGAUCCAUCUCUGUGCCUCCGUCUCCCUCGGACAUCCCUCCCCCGGGACCCCCGAGAGCCUUCCCACCCCGGAGGCCACAUACACCAGCUGAGAGGGUCACUGUGAAGCCACCUGACCAGAGGAGAAGUGUGGAUAUCUCACUGGGGGGUUCUCCCAGGAAGGCUCGGGGCCACGUCAUCAAGAACUCCUCUCACGGUGACCGACGCUCCAUGCCCUCCAUGGGCUACAUGACCCACACAGUCAGCGCUCCCAGUUUACAUGGAAAAUCGGCUGAUGAUACCUACCUCCAGCUGAAGAAAGAUCUGGAGUACCUGGACCUAAAGAUGACAGGCCGGGACCUUGUCAAGGAUCGAAGUCUGAAGCCAGUGAAGAUUGCCGAGAGUGAUAUUGAUGUCAAACUAAGCGUCUUCUGUGAACAAGACAGGAUCCUCCAGGACUUGGAAGACAAGAUACGAGCUCUCAAGGAGAACAAAGACCAGCUAGAGUCUGUGCUGGAGGUCUUGCACAGACAGAUGGAGCAGUACAGAGACCAGCCCCAGCACUUGGAGAAGAUCGCCUGCCAGCAGAGGUUGCUGCAGGAGGACCUUGUACACAUCCGGGCAGAGAUCUCCAGAGAGUCCACUGAGAUGGAAAAUGCCUGGAACGAAUACCUGAAGUUGGAGAGCGACGUAGAGCAGCUAAGGCAGACCCUACAAGAGCAGCACAGAAGAGCAUUUUUUUUCCAGGAGAAAUCUCAGAUACAGAAGGAUCUCUGGAGGAUUGAAGAUGUCACUGCAGGCCUGAGUGCAAAUAAGGAGAACUUCAGAAUCCUGGUGGAAUCAGUCAAAAAUCCUGAGAGAAAAACAGUGCCUUUGUUUCCUCACCCACCUGUGCCUUCACUCUCUACUUCUGAGAGCAAGUCGUCCCUGCAGCCCAGCCCUCCGACCAGCCCUGUACGGACUCCUCUGGAGGUUCGACUCUUCCCCCAGCUGCAAACCUACGUGCCAUACCGACCUCACCCACCCCAGCUGAGGAAAGUGACAUCCCCGCUUCAGUCACCAACCAAGAUGAAGCCCAAAGCUGAAGAUGAGGCACCUCCCAGGCCCCCUCUCCCAGAACUCUACAGCCCAGAGGACCAGGCCCCGGCUGUGCCCCCUCUGCCCAGGGAGGCCUCCAUCAUCCGACACACUUCUGUGAGGGGACUCAAGCGACAGUCGGAUGAGAGGAAGCGAGACCGGGAGCUGGGCCAGUGUGUGAACGGAGACUCAAGGGUGGAACUCCGGUCAUACGUUAGUGAACCUGAGCUGGCGACCCUCAGUGGGGACACGGCCCAGCCCUCCCUCACACUUGUGGACUCUGAGAGCAGGUACCAGACGCUGCCAGGUAGAGGGCUCUCAGGAUCCACGUCCAGGCUCCAGCAGCCGUCCAGCAUUGCUCCCUACGUCACGCUCCGGAGGGGUCCAAAUGCCGAAAACAGCAAGAUGGCCUUCCCUAGACCGAAGAGUGCCUUGGAGCGCCUGUACUCGGGGGACCACCAGCGAGGCAAGAUGAGCGCGGAGGAGCAACUCGAGCGCAUGAAGCGGCAUCAGAAGGCCCUGGUCCGGGAACGCAAGAGGACGCUCAGCCAGGGAGAGAGGACAGGCCUCCCUUCAUCCCGAUACCUCAGCCAGCCUCUCCCAGGAGAUCUCGGCUCAUGGAAACGUGAGCAAGACUUUGACCUACAGCUGCUGGAACGGGCCAUGCGAGGGGAGAGAAAAGACAAGGAGGAGAAUGGCUGGUUGACAGUGCAGGCUAUACCCGUCACUGAGCUGGACCUGGAGCCACAAGACUAUGACCUGGACAUCAGCCGAGAGCUUUCCAAACCAGAGAAGGUCUCUAUCCCUGAGCGCUAUGUGGAGCUGGACCCUGAAGACCCACCUAGUCUUGAGGAGCUGCAGGCGCGGUAUCGCAAAGCUGAGAAGAUCCGCAACAUCCUUGCCCGGUCAAGCAUGUGCAACCUGCAGCCAGCAACAAGUCAGGACCGGAACAGUGUGGCCGACCUGGACUCGCAGCUGCAGGAGCAGGAACGUAUCAUCAAUAUCUCCUACGCCCUGGCCUCCGAGGCCUCCCAGCGCAGCAAGCAGGUAGCAGCCCAGGCGGUGACUGAUCCAUGA